GCUGUGUCCCGACAGUUAUCAAUUCAUUGUUAAUGAUCUGAUCAAGCUCUUCGAAACCGGAAUCAUCUCCGUCACCGAUCUGAAGCUCUAUCCCUACGGCAACGCCAGGAUUGGAUCCAACAGCACCAUCACUUGCCAGGAUUCACAAAUGGCGUAAUUAACGCUUGAGUGACAACCCCACAAACACCUAAUAAGCUCUUCCUUUCUCUUUCAGCUUUCCUAAUCAUUCAAUGGCGUCCGCUCGGCUUGAAAGUAGAACCCUUUCUUUUUCUCUUAUGUCCUGCCUCGUCUUGGUUGCUGUGUUCAUACCCCCUUCUUCUGCAGCCAGAACUCCACCUUCAGAUUCUGGUAAAGUUUCGUUGGCUUUGUAUUAUGAGUCCCUCUGCCCCUACAGUGCCAACUUCAUUGUGAAUUACCUUGUCAAGCUCUUCGAAGAUGACCUGAUCUCCAUUGUUGAUCUCAAGCUUUCUCCUUGGGGUAAUGCCAAGCUCAGAAGCAACGACACAUUCACUUGCCAGCAUGGUCCGUCUGAAUGUUUAUUGAACACUGUGGAAGCCUGUGCGAUCGAGAUCUGGCCUGCAUUGAACGAUCAUUUUCCUUUCAUUUAUUGCGUCGAGAGUUUGGUUUACAAGCACAAGUACCCCCAGUGGGAGUCAUGUUACGAGAAACUGGGCUUGGAUUCAAAACCUAUUGCUGAAUGCUACAGCAGUGGACUUGGUAAAGAGCUUGAACUACAGUAUGCAGCUGAAACCAGUGCACUCCAGCCUCCGCAUCAGUAUGUGCCAUGGGUAGUUGUGGAUGGACAGCCACUUUAUGAGGACUACGAAAACUUCCUGAGCUAUGUCUGCAAUGCCUAUAAUGGCACCACUGCCCUCGAGGCCUGCAGUAAAAUAUCCCUCAAUACCAGGAAAAGUUCCAAAUCUACCCAUUCCGUUGGCUGCGAGGGAAAUAUGCCAGCAGUAUUAGGAAGAAUAGGAUCGACCAUAAAAUCGUGGAUCCGUCAAAUGAACCUGGCAAUUUGGAUGUAGACGUUCAUGGUGUGAUAGCUUGAAGUUCAUGUAGCUUCUUCAUAUUUCCCGUUUCCAAUGGAGUGCAGUUACUUUGUGAGUUUGUUGGUACUGAACUAAGACCCUUACUGUGCUGGGAGUGUGUAUUUCUCAUUACUGUGCUCAAUAAAUAUACAGGAACAGAAAUAUGUCGUGUAAAUGAAUUCUGUUUAUUUAAUUUAAAUAUAUAAUAUAGUAAACUUUAGUAUUGAAAA